ACUCAUCCUAUAUCAAUAUUCUAGUUUUCAACACUCACAGCCAGGAUAUCAUAAACAAAAAGAAAUUUUUUUUUCUUUCACCCAACAAAACUUAAUCAACCAUACCAUCUUCUACUGCUUAGAAACUUCAUCUCCAAAGAAUUUAGAGACAGAGGCAGAGAGACAGUGGAGAGGAAAAGACGGGUGGAGAGGAAGAGAAAAGAAAGGAGCUGCAUUUGUAUGGAGAUUACUUCUGUUUUAAUAUACAUAAUAGUUCUCUUCCUCUCCACCAUUUUCUCAUAUCCUUUCUUAAAGAAACUGAAAUGGAAUUCCAAAAGCAUACCUUAUAAGCUUCCCCCUGGUUCAAUGGGUUGGCCUUAUAUAGGAGAGACUCUUCAACUCUAUUCCCAAGACCCAAACAUUUUCUUUGCUACCAAACAGAGAAGGUAUGGAGAAAUUUUCAAGAGCCAUAUUCUGGGUUGUCCUUGUGUUAUGUUGGCUAGCCCAGAGGCCACAAAGUUUGUGCUAGCGACUCAUUCUGAAUUGUUCAAGCCAACUUACCCAAAGAGCAAAGAGAAGAUGAUUGGCCCAUCUGCUAUCUUCUUUCACCAAGGGAAUUACCAUUCUCUCCUCAGAAAGUUGGUUCAGAAUUGUCUGUCUCCUGGCUCACUCCAAAAACUAGUUCCUGAUAUCGAAGCCAUAGCCAUCUCUGCUCUGCAAUCAUGGGCUGGAGGAGAUGUCAUUAACACCUUUCAUGAGAUGAAGAAGUUUUCUUUCGAUGUGGGCAUUCUCUCUGUCUUUGGUCGCUUGGAUAAAAAACAUAGAGAAAAUCUCAAGGAGAAUUACUGCAUAGUAGAUAAAGGUUACAAUUCUUUUCCAACAAACAUACCAGGAACGACAUAUCACAGAGCACUCUUGGCAAGGAAAAGGCUUAGUCAGAUUGUGAAUGACAUAAUUUAUGAGAGGGAGGAGAAGAAAAUAUUGGAAAAGGAUCUUCUAGGACAUUUCUUAAAUUUCAAAGAUGAAAAGGGACAAGUUUUAAGCAAGGAUCAAAUUUCUGAUAACAUCAUUGGAGUGUUGUUUGCUGCUCAGGACACAACAGCUAGUGUGUUAACCUGGACCCUCAAAUAUCUCCAUGAUGAUCAGAAACUUCUAGAAGCUGUCAAGGCUGAGCAGAAAGCAAUAUAUGAAGAAAAUGAAGGAGGAAAGAGGCCCUUGACAUGGGCACAGACCAGAAAUAUGCCUUUUACGCAUAGAGUUAUAUUAGAGAGUUUGAGAAUGGCCAGUAUUAUAUCUUUCACAUUCCGAGAGGCAGUGGUUGAUGUGGAAUAUAAUGGAUAUCUCAUACCAAAAGGUUGGAAAGUGUUGCCAUUGUUUAGAAACAUUCAUCACAAUCCAGAAUUGUUCACUGAUCCUCAAGAUUUUGACCCUUCUAGGUUCGAGGUUGCUCCAAAGCCUAAUACUUUCAUGCCAUUUGGCAAUGGAGUACAUGCUUGUCCUGGAAAUGAGCUUGCCAAAAUGGAGCUGCUUAUUUUGAUCCACCAUCUAGUGACCAAAUUCAGAUGGGAAGUGGUAGGAUCACAAAGUGGGAUUCAGUAUGGCCCAUUUCCAAUCCCCCAGAAUGGUCUCCCAGCCAGAUUUUGGAACGAAUCCAACAAUACCUAACAAGAUUUAUGUGCAACUAAGAUAAACCUAUAGUUUUUACCCAAAACUUUAUAUAUGUAAUUUUCUAGGUUCUACCUUCCCCGCCAACCCAAAACCCACAACAACCCCUUCAUUUUUUUUAACCGGGGUCUCUCUAUUUCUCCUUUAAUAUCCUAUCUUUUUUUCCAGUGUUAUUGUUAUCCAGACCCUGUAAUUUUUUCUACCUAUAUUUUGACUAUAUUUGCAAUAAAUAUAGAUUAAUGUAGCAUUAAUUAGAGAUGGUAUUGUUGAGUUUGUUA